GUAGCUGUCAAAGUCAAAAAGUUUAAAGAUUAAAUAGUGAAAAAUUAAGAAUUUAUUUUAAUGAGUCCCAAUUUUUAGCACAAUAAUUAAAACUUGUUCAAAGAGCAAGCAGUGCUAAAUUAUAUUUUCCAUUAUUAAUUAUUGUGGCCAAAUAUAUUCUGUGAUUAUUACUAGAACUUUCAGUUGUGUUUGUUUUUAGAGUGUAACUAUUCUAGCACAUUAUUCGCAACUGGAAUUGCUUGCAAGUUAAAUUGUUUUGUAAAAGUAUGAAAGUGAUAAGUGAGGAAUAGAGUAAAAUUAGAAAAAUCUCAGAAGAACAAAGUUCAAUAUGGUAAAAUUAUAUUGCCUUAGUAUUCUGUACAAAGGGACCACUGCAGCUACUUGGCUAAAAUCCGCAUUCGAUUUGCAGAGCGUAAGCUUUUUCCAGCGGGGAUCUGUACACGAAUUUAUGCAGUUUUGUUGCAAGACUGUCGUAGAAAGAACACUCCCGGCCUCAAGGCAAUCGGUACAGCAGGGUGACUACUUUUGCCAUGUGUAUGUUAGAUCUGACAACCUCGCUGGCGUAGUAAUAUCAGAUCAUGAAUACCCACAGAGGGUAUCACAUACUUUACUCACGAAAAUUCUUGACGAGUUCUCAGAAAAAAUACCAGCUUCGAAUUGGCCAAACCUACAGGAAAAAGAUGUGGCUUUUCCACAACUUAACACCUACUUAGCCAAAUACCAAAACCCGCGAGAAGCAGAUGCUUUGACGAAAAUCCAGAAUGAACUAGACGAAACUAAGAUUAUUUUACAUAGUAACAUUCAAGCCGUAUUGGAGAGAGGUGAAAAACUAGAUGAUUUGGUUGCCAAAUCGGAGGUGCUAAGUACUCAAUCGAAGGCUUUCUAUACAACAGCGAGAAAGACAAACUCUUGCUGUAAUUUUGGGUAAAAUUGUAUUAGGUACAAUCUUGCCCUUUCAAAUUACAAUAAAUACCUGCCUAUGUAAUUUGAUAUGUCUAUUUAAUCAACAAAGACUAUAAGCUGUUUGUCUUGAUGUCUGUAUAUACAUGUUAAUAUAAAGUUAUAACUGUAAAAUUCAUUAAGUUAUGGAAAAACAUGCCUAAUUUUUUAUCAGUGAUUUUUUAUUAGAUAUAAAAAGUUAUACCCAACUGUUAUAUUAAAUUAUUGAGAACAUGCCUGUUUAUCACUGAUUUUUAUUAGAGUUUCAAAAUUUUUUGAAUAGGUAUGUUGAAAUUACUGUUUAAAAACAAUAUUACAAAAUGUCUAUAAUUUAAUUAUGGCAUCUCCUAAUGCUUUUUGUUACAUUUGAAAAAGUUACUACAUUCCAGAUUUGGGGCAUGAAAAAAUAUUUUUUUUUAUUAAUGUAUAAGUUUUUAAAAUUGUUGGUAAUAUACUUACUUUGACCAUCUAUUUGUCAUUAAUUAGGAGAAUAAUGUUUAAAAUAAUGUGCAUCCAUGUGUACUAAUUGCUUCAAAAUUAUAUAGUAUUAAACAUAAAAUUUUAUGAGUUUUCAGGAAAUUAUAUUACCAAUAUUGAUUAAAAUGUAUAAUCUUAAGUGUUAGUUUAUAUAUAAAUUGUCAAUAAAAAUUAUUUAUGA